AUGGCCUUCUACCCCCUGCAGGUGGCGGGGCUGGUGCUGGGCGUCCUGGGCCUGGCCGGGGCGCUGGCCACCACCCUCCUGCCCCAGUGGCGGGUGUCCGCGUUCGUGGGCGGCAACAUCGUCGUCUUCGAGAGGAUCUGGGAGGGGCUGUGGAUGAGCUGCGUGCGGCAGGCCCGGUCCACGCUGCAGUGCAAGCUCUACAGCUCCCUGCUGGCCCUGCCCCCCGUCCUGGAGGCCGCCCGGGCCCUCAUGUGCGCGGCCGUGGCCCUGGCCCUCACGGCGCUGCUCGUGGGCGCCUGCGGCCUGAGGCGGGUCCGGUGUGCGGGCUCCGACGAGAGGGCCAAGGCGUGCCUGGUGGGGGCGUCCGGGGCCCUGCUCCUCCUCACGGGCCUCUUCGUCCUCAUCCCCGUGUCCUGGACGGCCCACAUCGUCAUCCGGGACUUCCACGACCCCGCCGUCCACGUGGGCCGGAAGCGCGAGCUGGGGGCCGCGCUCUUCCUGGGCUGGGCCAGCGCCGCCGUCCUCCUGGCCGGAGGGGCUCUGCUCUGCGGGUUCUGCUGCUGCGGCCGGAGGAAGCGAGGGCGCCCGUGCCCGGCCCCCAGGGACCGCGUGCCUCGCCGGGGGCCACACGGGGACCCGGCCGCACCCGGCAAGCCCUUCACCAGCUACGUCUAG